CCGCCAUCACCCAACAGCUAAUUAGUAAGGUGUAUCAUGUAAACAAAACGUGCCAAUUGGUUACUACGUCAGCACAUAAGUGUGGUGAAGACUUAAGCUGGUGAUUAGAACUACCAUCGUCGGUCGCUUAGCCAGCAUUGUGGUGAAGUCUUCCUGUUUUGUGGCAUUCUCGAUUGCCUCUAUAGCAAAGGGGUGGAUGUCUCUGCUUGUAACGGUUGCCCGCGUGGUGGUGGUGCUGCUGCAGGAGGAGUGUGCGUUCACGUUUGGCAGCUCGCGACACGCCGUCCCUGGGCAGUUUGUCGUCUCUGUGGUGGUGGAAGAUUUCCCCGCGUCCCCCGUGGGCCCAAACGGCCCCGCGAAGUCCCCAUCUCGAGCCUUGUCGUCCGUGCCGUUGCAGUUUACACUGAUCGUCUCCCAGGCGGAUGGCGACUGCUCUGCGGAGCCGGCGUUCACCGGGAGGACUCCCGAGCACGGUGCAGUCUUCCGCACGGUCGCCGGCACCCGUCUGGACGUCCCCGUUGACGUCUUGGUGUCCCGGCAUCCCCGGGGCAGCAGGUGGCCGUCAGCGGAGCUGCUCGUGGUGUGUGGCGGGGCACUCGCCGGCGAUGUAAUCGCCGACCCCGCCAACCCCGGCCUCCUCCGCGCAACCCUGCUGUGGGUUCCGCCUGCGGGGGAUGGCAGCCCGAGAAGGAUUUGCUUUUACGUGGAGGACUCUGCCGGGCGACAGAGCGAGGUGAGGUGUUUUACCGUGGUCGUCACGGCAAAGAAGUGGCUCUCGUUCAAAGGCGCAAGACUCCUGGGCGGAGGGCAUCACGGUGGCCGUUCACGCCGUGGAUUUAUGCCGCCUGGAGAGCUCAGGGCCACGGGGUUCACUGUGGUGGGCGCUCGCAGCAACGUGGAGGUCGUCAACUUCACCGUCACGUUCAACCAGGAGUUCUCGGCGACGCGCGUCGCAGCCUUCGUGCGCCUGCUCUCGGUGCGCAGUGGCCACGAGGCCCUGCGGCUGGACGCGCGCACCGCGGCCGUGCGAGCGUCGCCCGCCCCGCGCACCGUCGCCUUUGCGGCACCGCCGUUCUCGCUGCGCGGGGGCGAGCGCUACUGCGUGACACUCGACGAGGGCGUGGUCCAGCUGAAGGCCAACAACGUCCGCAUCAACUCCCAACCGCGCCCGGCCUGCGACUGGGUCUUCGCCCUGCCGCGCAAGGUGUACGCGUCGUGCUACGCCCAGUGCGACCCCCACUUCAAGUCGUUUGACGGGCGCCUCUUCGACUACAUGGGCACCAAGCCCGUGCUGCUCGCCGGCCUCUGCGAGCCCGCGGGAACGGACGACGAGGGCUGGGCCGUGUACGGCAAGAGCGAGCACUGGGGCAGCCGGCGCGUAAGCUGGAUGGAGUCGGUCGUGGUCGAGGUGCACGGCUACAGAGUCACCCUGGAGCAGGGCUAUGUGAAGGUGGACGGCGCUUUCGUUAACAUGCCGUACGCAGAACCGGACUUCAAGUUCAAGAUCUACAGCUCCAAUCACUACUUCGUGCUGCGCACCAACCUCCACUUCUCCGUCAAGUUUGGCGCCUCUCGUGUGGUGGUGGAGCUGGAGAAUUCUGCCCUCUACCGGGGUGCCCUCUGCGGGCUCUGCGGGAACUACAACGGGAGGAAGGACGAUGACUGGCAGCUGCCUGGGCAGGGUGCCACCCUCACGGCGCACGACUUCGGCAACUACUGGGUCAGCAGCAGCAUCCGCAUGAGCGGCGUUCCCGACGACGGCUCCUCGGCGCUGCUGCAGCUCAACGCGAGCCUGGUGGCCGUGGCCUCCGAGGGGCAGCGGUGCGGCCUGCUGACGGACCCGCGGGGCCCGCUGGCCGCGUGCGCCGGCGCGGUGAGCCCGGCGCCGUACUUCUCCGACUGCGUGUACGACAUGGCCGCGGAGGAGGGCGGCGUGCAGGCCUACGUGGCGCUCUGCCUCGCGCUGCAAGCCUACUCGGACGACUGCUACACCGCCGGCGUGCCCGUCGACCCGCGGUGGCGCACCGUCACCGGCUGUGAGCUGAGCUGCGGGCCGAUGCCGCUGUCGGUGCUGUCGCUGGCCGCCUCCUCGUGCCCGGCGACCUGCGCCGACCCCGACGCGGGGCUGGACUGCGGCGACCCCGUGGUGGAGGACUGCGUGUGCGUGCCCGGGCACCUCUGGGACAAGACGCGCUGCGUGGAGCCGGCCGCCUGCGGCUGCGUCGUGGACGGGAAGUACUACUCGAUCGGCGAGAAGUUCUACAGUGAGGACUGCAGCGAGCACUGCGCCUGCCUGGAGCGGGAGCGGGUCGACUGCGAGCCCGUGUCCUGCAAGCCGCCGCUGCAGCACUGCGGCGUCAACGAGUACGGCACGCAUGGGUGCCUGCACAGCUGGAUGAUCUGCUCGAGCGGUGGAAGGCAGCACUACGCCACGUUUGACGGGCGAGCGUACGAGUUCUACGGAACGUACACGUACGCGCUGGCCAUGACUCGCAAUGACUCGUCGUCUGGCGCGUGGCGCGUCUUGCUGAAGAACUCCCCCGUGCCAGGCUCCUUCAUCCAGUCUCAGCCCAAGGCGGUGUACAUUGAAAUUGCCGGCCUCGCAAUCGCCUUCCUCGCCGGCAAAAGAGUCCUGGUGAACGGCCGGUCGGCCCAGAUUCCCUUCUACUACCCGGACACGGGCAGCGAUCCCGAGGUAGUGCUCUCGUACGCGGGGAACCACCUCCUACUGGAGGCGCGCGUCGGCCUGCGUGUGCUCUUCGACGGGCAGCACGUGCUGGUGGCGGCGCUGGCGACGCACGCGGGGCUCGUGGCGGGCCUCUGCGGCAACUUGGAUGGCGAUGCAUCCAACGACAUGAGGCUGCCGAGCGGCGUGGCCACCAGCCACGCCGGGACAUUUGGAGACUCGUGGAGAGUGAUGCAGCCGUGGGAUAGCGGCUUUGAGCAGGGCCAGGCCAAGCCGCCCAGCGUCGCGAACCAAGAUCUGGCGGCCCGCCCCUUGUGGUGCGGCCGCCUGCUGGACGCGAAGCUGUUCGGCGCGUGCCACGGGCAGGUGGCGGUGCAGCCCUACUGGCAGCGCUGCGUGUGGCACGUGUGCCACUCGGCAAAGCCGGCGGCGAUGCGCGCCGCGCUCUGCGCGUCGCUCGACCUCUACUCCGUGGCGUGCGCCCUGCGGAGUGUCGCGCUGCCCGACUGGAGGCCCGCGGCCAGCUGCGCCCUGCCCAGGUGCCCGCCGGGCAGCCACUACGAAGCGUGUGCCCCCGGCUGCCCCAGCACGUGCGCCGUUCCCACGGCGGACGGCCUGUGCCCCGUGCGGCCGCCCUGCCUCGACGGCUGCGUCUGCAACUUCGGGCGCGUGUGGAGCGGCGACCGCUGCAUCCUCCCUGCGCAGUGCGGCUGUGUGGCCGGAAGCUCCUACUACCAGGCGAGUGGUGUGUGUGUGUCCACGUGAGUGGUUGGCGUUGUUAGGUCCCCCCCUUUAUUGAAUGCAUCUACUACCACAUGGAUGUAUCAGCGGUGCAGUAUAACGCACCACCGGUCCUCGUCAAAUGGUCUCAAAAUCCAAAUGUCAAUUGACCUUCGACUUCUGACUGCUUCGACGUCGUAGGGAACAGAUUUUGAUGCACCACCAACCCCGCAAGAUUUUCUAACGGGGUUGCAAAUUGUGGGGAAGUAAUUAUUGUGAAAAAAUGUUUCCUUCAUAUUGUACACCACCCGGUGUACCGCCAAAACGUUCACAUAAAAAAAGUGGAAACCUUUUAUAUUUUUCCUCAAGGCAACGCUGUUUUAUUGACAUUGUUAUGCUCCGCUAGUUUGAGGGGAAGGAGUUUGGUUUUAUCUAUCUCCCGCAAAGAUUGACCCGCCCCGUCCGGCCCUUCCUCCUGCCCUACCGUGUGUCCUCUGCCCCACCGCUCAGGCUGGAAGUCUCUUCCUGAACCGUAACUGCACGGAGCUCUGCUCCUGCCGGACGGGAGGAGCUGUCGUGUGCUCGGCGUUCCGCUGCUCUGGGCAGUGCGUCCUCGAGGACGGGGAGUACCUGUGCUCCCAGCGCAUCAAGCGCUGCCAGGUGACGGGAGAUGCUCACUACAGCACAUUCGACGGCACGGCGCUGGACGUGGACGGCACCUGCAGCUACACGCUCUUGACCGUCGCGCGGAGGCCGGACUUGUUGGUGUACGCGCGGCACGAGCGCAGUGCCCUGCCACCCCACGCCACCGUCGCGGUCGGGGUCUACAUCCGCGUCCAGUCGACCACCAUCGCGCUGGAGAGGGGAUUCAACGUUUACCUGAACGGAGUGCGCCAGAACCUGCCACUCUUCAGGAUGCCCUUCACCGCGUUUGAGAACGCGCGCGACAUCGUCGUGCUCGGCCACGACCUCGACUUGCUGGUGCGCUACGACGGCUGGGCAUCCUUCUCCAUCGAGGUGGGGCCGGACCUGGCCGGCGCCACCGCGGGGCUGUGCGGCAACAACGACGGGCGGCCGGACAACGUCACGAACGCCGUGGGCUCGUCGUCGCCGUGGCUCAUCCGCCCCGUC